GGACCCGAGGGGACGCGGGGGGGCGCCCGGACAGCAUGUGACACUGACCCAGGAUUCAGCGCUGAUGGAAGCAGAGGAGCCCCAGCAAGGAGCCUCGACUCCCAUCCCUGCUGGAGCAGAAUUCCCAGUUAUCCAGGCAGCUCCCAUGAGGAGCAGCCAGACCCCUGCCUUGGAGCCUUCAGUCGAAGAGGGCGAGGACCUGUGGUGUCAGUGGGCCAAGGGCCGCACACUCUUGGAGACCCAGCAGAGACGCGUGAGGGAUGUAAAUGACUGUGCAGCUGAGAGCAUGAGCUCUCUCCUCAAUGAAGCCUCUGCAGAGGUGGAGACCGACCAGGAAACCCUGACGGCUGAGGCCUGUGACGACACCCCCUCAUGCCGGGAGGCCAGGCCCCGGAGCCUGGCAGAUGGACAGGCAAGGACCCCAGCUUCCCUGGAGCUCCGGGCCUGCCCUGACCAGGGUGACUGUCCAGACACGGCCUGGGUAUCCAGGGACCUGGGCAGCAGCAUGGAGGUGGACUUGAGACCAGAACUCACGUCUUUGAUAUUGGAAACGGGACAAGCAGAAGGGAAGGAGGAAACGUCCCCCGACGCCUGUGCCCGGACCAGACGCGGGCCUUCCUGUGACGACGAGCACCCAGCCGAGCCCUGCCGGCCCCUGGAGGACUCGGAGUGUGGACCUGCCAGGCAGGAAAGUCCAAGCCCCGUGUGUCUCCAGGGAACUGAGGGGCUGGAGGAAGGGGAACUUCAGGGAGAGGCUGCUGGCUCUGCUGGGCUUUCCGGGGCUCCGGAGCAGAUGGGAGAGCAGGUUAAAGGUGCAGAGGAAGAAGGGAGACAGAAACAGCAGCAGAUGCAAAAUGAUGUCGUGCUCGCAGGUCAAGGAGAAAGAGAGGGGCGGCGCCGUGGGGAGGAGUUGGGGGGUCUGAGUUAUAGGGAGGGGGACUGGAGGACUCAGAGCCACAGGGAUCUAGAACAAGGGGAGCAGAAGGGGAGGGAGUCAACAGGGCCAGAGGAGAAUGAAGUGGAUGCUCAGGAUGGGGAGAAUCAAAGCUCAGCAAGUAAGUCAGAGAAAGGAAGUGGAAAGCCGGAAGAUCCGGGUGUACAGCGGGAAGCCAAGGCCCCAGAGGGGCAGGAGGAGGAGGUGGGGUCACCAGAGGAGGAACCAGGGGGCGGGGAGGGGGACACACCCGGGGGAGGAGGAGAGGAGAGCGGCAUAGAACCAGGAGAGCGUGAGGGUCCCACUGCCCUGGCUCUGGUCGCCCCCGAGGUCUCUCCUCCCUGUGACUUGCCUCGAGAGGCCUCUUCUCCCCCGACCAGGACCCCGGGGACUCAGACAGAGCCUGGAGCUGAGGUUCUGUCCCCCGUGGCUCCGAGUCCUGCCCCGGAACCCACAGGAUGCUCCCACCAGCCCUUUUCUUUACCUGGUUCCUGUCCUGCCGAGGAGUCCCCGGACCCAGAAACUGCUCAUCGCCACCAGAAGGAGGGCUCUGAGCUGGGGCAGGAGACUCCAUGCAGCGGGGGGGCUGAGGUGGUCUCUGCCUCCAGUCCCUCUGCAACCCCUCCAAGGAGCCCAGAGGCAGCUGCACCCAGUCCUCCUGAAGGGCCCCCUGGCACGGCUGCCACAGCACCAGCCCAUCCCCUGGCUGCCUGUCCCAGGAGGGAGCCUUCUGUCCUUGCCUGUUCUCCAGAAACCUCCAGAGCCUCUCACCCGACCGACAGUCCAUCUCCCCGUGGGGCUCCUGAGACCCCCUCAGCGGCCCACUAUGGGUUCCCCUUGGCGGGCCAGGCCAGCCCCCCAGGGUCCCUGGGCAGCCCCACCGGAACGGUCCAGCCCGUGAGGAGCAACUCCUUCCCCGGGUCUCAUGGGACAGAGGCAGCCCCACACCUGGUGGGAAUAUCCCUGUCCUCCUCCCACUCAGAGUUGCCACAGAGGCCCCCCAAACCUGUCAUCUAUGGCUCUGUGCUCCCAAGAAGGGGCAGGAGAAGCGUAAGGGACUGCACCAUUAUUCCAGAAGCCUCGAGUUCACCACCCACUCUGGGGCAGGACUUUGGAGAACCGGCCUCAAAUCCAGCCAUGGCCGGCAGCGCCCCCAGCAGUCAGCCGUGGGGCCCCGAGAAGCACCGGACCUUUGCCCCCGGGUCUCCUGCCUGUGGCUCCUCCCCAACCCCUGUCACCCCCGUAGACCUGAGGAUCCAUGAACCUCCACCCCUGCCUCCCCCAGAGAGGAGGCACGUCCAGCCCUCCACGGUGGAGCGAGACGGCCAUCUCCCUGCGGGGGUCCCCACGCUGAAGCAGUACAGCCAUCCUUCGACACUCACCCUGGCAACCCCAUGGACUCCAGAGGUCCAGCGACCCACCUUUGAACCCGGGCUCUCAGAAGAGUCCGAAGCCCCUGCCAGAGGGUCUUGGAGAAGAACAGCCCCGCAGGAAGGAAGCAAUGGCCUGAGGAGGUCAGAGGUAGGCCCGGCGAGGCAGCCGGAGAGGCCGGGCCACGUCCUCCUGGAGAAGGCGUCGAGCUGGCCCCAUCGACGGGACCCGAGAAGGCCGGCGGAGGCCGGCAGUGAGGCGGCGGCGGUCCCCGGUGAGGGAUCAAGUAAGCACAAGGACUGGCACCGGCAGGGCCUGCGAAGACCCUCCAUUCUCCCCGAGAGCCCCGUAGACACAAGAGGUCCCACCAUAGAAGAAUCUCCUGGCCUGUCGGAUGCCAUUGUUUUCCGGGAGAAAAAGCCAAAGGAGGUGAUGGGAAGCUUUUCAAGACAGUGCUCCAAGCUCAUCAACUCCUCUCAGCUGCUUUACCAGGAGUACAGUGAUGUGUUUCUGAACAAGGAGAUUCAGAGCCAGCAGCGGUUGGACAGCCUGACGGAGGCACCGGGGCCCAUGUCGCCCCGGCAGCCCCGAAAGGCCCUGGUCUCCUCGGAGUCCUACCUGCGUCGCCUCUCCAUGGCCUCCAGCGGCUCGCUGUGGCAGGAGAUCCCCGUGGUGCGUAAUAGCACCGUGCUGCUCUCCAUGACCCAUGAAGACCAGAAGCUUCAGGAGGCCAAAUUUGAGCUGAUUGUGUCAGAGGCUUCCUACCUGCGCAGCUUGCAUAUAGCUGUGGAUCACUUCCAACAUUCAGAGCAGCUCCGGGCCACCCUUUCCAACCAGGAUCACCAAUGGCUCUUCUCUCGUUUGCAGGAUGUGCGUGACGUCAGCACCAUGUUCCUUUCUGACCUGGAAGAGAACUUCGAGAACAACAUCUUCACCUUCCAAGUGUGUGAUGUGGUCCUGAACCACGCCCCCAACUUCCGCCGGGUCUACCUACCUUAUGUCACCAACCAGACCUACCAGGAACGCACCUUCCAAAGCCUGCUGGCCCGUCCUUGCGCUGUGCGCCCCCGCCCGGCGGACAGUGAGCCCCCACCCUCCUUUCUCAGGGCCCGUCCUUGCGCUGUGCGCCCCCGCCCGGCGGACAGGUCCGUCCUUGCGCUGUGCGCCCCCGCCCGGCGGACAGUGAGCCCCCACCCUCCUUUCUCAGGGCCCGUCCUUGCGCUGUGCGCCCCCGCCCGGCGGACAGUGAGCCCCCACCCUCCUUUCUCAGGGCCCGUCCUUGUGCUGUGUGCCCCCGCCCUGUGGACAAACAUUCUGAAGAGAACACAGCCUGGCUCUGCAGAGGAAGCAGAGGCCACGAAAGCACACCACGCCCUGGAGGAGCUGAUCCGAGACUGCAAUAACAAUGUCCAGAGGAUGCGACGGACGGAGGAGCUGAUCUACCUGAGCCAGAAGAUUGAGUUUGAGUGCAAAAUAUUCCCGCUCAUUUCACAGUCACGCUGGCUGGUGAAGAGUGGAGAGCUCACGGCCCUGGAGUUCAGCGUCUCCCAGGCGCUGCGGAGGAAGCUGAACACUCGCCCCGUCCACCUGCACCUCUUCAACGACUGUCUGCUGCUGUCUCGGCCCCGAGAGGGUAGCCGAUUCCUGGUAUUCGACCAUGCUCCCUUCUCUGCCGUCCGUGGGGAAAAGUGUGAGAUGAAGCUGCACGGAGCUCACAAAAACCUCUUCCGACUCUUCCUGCGGCAGAACGCCCAGGGCUCCCAGGCUGAGUUCCUCCUCCGCACGGAGACCCAAAGUGAAAAGCUUCGCUGGAUCUCAGCCUUGGCCAUGCCGAGGGAGGAGUUGGACCUUCUGGAGUGUUAUGACUCCCCACAAGUGCAGUGCCUUCGAGCCUACAAACCCCGAGAGAAUGACGAGUUGGCGCUUGAGAAGGCGGACGUGGUGAUGGUGACCCAGCAGAGCAGCGAUGGCUGGCUGGAGGGCGUGAGACUGUCUGAUGGGGAGCGAGGCUGGUUCCCUCUACAACAAGUGGAGUUUAUCUCCAACCCAGAGGUCCGCGCGCGGAACCUGAAGGAAGCCCACCGAGUCAAGACUGCCAAGCUACAGCUGGUGGAACAGCAGACCUAGCUGUUUUCUGGGAGGAAACCCCCGAGCUUAAGGAUGAAAUGUUCCUGGACAGGGCUGGCCCGGAACAUGGCGGUGGAGGCCUUCUACACAUCAGGAACUAGACCUUCUGAAGCCCAAGAACAACACCCAGCUGCCAGGAGCUAGUCCCAGGCCUCCUCUUUUUUUGUGCUUUGUACUUGGUGCGGGGAUUUUGAGGGACUUUGCACUGGACUCUGAGAACCUUUUCUCAUAGAAAAAGGGAUCCAUGGGGCCUAAGCCAAGGAACUUUACUUCUCUUACCCUGCAGCUAAAUGCUUUCCGAAUGCAGAUUCAGAGCUGACCAGAGUUUCCAUCAUGGCCGUGUGUUAAACAGAAUCUGACCCCUGUCCACUGGAGGGAGACGUUUAAGGAGGAUGGACAAAUCAGAUGGGAGGGUUAAUUCGGUGACCAUUUAAGGUAUCUUCCAACCCUGGAGAUGACCUGUAAUUACAGGGCAAGGUCAGCGCCUGCGUCUCUGGGGUCUGUUGGUGGCUAUGUGAGGUGAUACGCUCUCACUCUAAUAAAGGUGGCACUUCUCUGAGUGUUUUCUCCCCAGACUCCUGAGCACUGAGCGAGGUUCAGAACGUGGGAUCCCAUGGUUCAGAUGUCAUGAAAGACCACGAUGCUGACUGGGUUAUAGCAGUGGCUGCUUCUUUCUUUGACUCUGGAGAGCUUGGGCAAUUUUUUUCUGCUUGUUAUGGCCUCAGUGUUUGUAUCAGGAAAUAGCAUGAGUUGAUGAAAACUCCAAACCUUUUUUUUACUGAACCCACGAGUUAAGGUCUAAGCUAGUUUAGGUGGAUUUGGAACUGCUACUCAGGCCCUUCAUGAGUUUAUAUUUUGACUUUAGAUACUGUAAAGGUGUCACCACCACUGUUCAUCCUCUGUGUGAGAAAGAGCGUGGUGCAGAAUCCUAGAGUCCAGGUCAUAAGACCUAACUUCCAGUUACUGCCUCACCACGACGCAGCCUGCCUACCUCUUGGUUUCCUUACAUGUAAAAUGCAGAAUUAAGCCACAUAACCUCCAGACUCCCAUCCAACUCUGUGAUGUAUGAUUCUCUAUCUCCCACCAGGCUGCCUUUCUCAGUUGGAGAACAUCCCCGCUUACAUUUUUUUCUCACAUCGAGCCGUCACACAGCAGUGGUACCGUCAUCUUUUAAGUGGGCACAUCGUGGUCCAUCCCUGGACAUUCCACGCUCUGCUUUAUCUUUGGUGGUCAUGGUUUAGCCGCUCAGUCGUGUCCAACGCUUGCGACCCCGUGGGCUGUAUCUCCCAGGCUCCUCUGUCCAGGAGAUUUCCCAGGCAGGAUACUGGGGCGGGUUGCCUCUUGCUUUGUCAUGCUUUAUCUUUAGAGGGCCUCAGGGUAGAAUUGCACUGCAGCUUCGUACAAAGGUAAGAAUAAUACUAUAAAUUUGGUCUCAUACCCAAUUAACUGUGAUAUGACAUGAUAGUAUCACUUUUGAUAACACGUUUGUUUACAGUCCAUCCUAAAAUGUAAGUUAGCUUACUUAAUCUUUAGAAAAGUUAUCACUAUUAAGUUAAUUAAGUUCAGAAUAAUACUAAUUUAUCCUGAACAGGCUGACAGUGCUAAAAAAGUCUAAAAUAGAGAUGACUAUAGAGAACUCCGAUUGAGAUUUUACAUCUUUUCAUAAAGCUAGCUUUUAAGUAUUAAUAUAUGUUAAAUGUAUGUAUUAUAAGUAAACUAACAACUGAUUCUUCUUAAUAGCAAUAACAGUAAUUUUGAUCCAGAUCUUUUGUUCACACCAGUAUUUGAACACUGGCCAUAUGACUCAAAGAGAGCCAUAUCCAACCUUAUAUUUUCUAGGCAAACUCUCCCUUACUCUCCCAGGGAGAUAAAAUAUCAACUUCUGAAUGAUAUACAUGUAAAAAAAAAAAAUGUUAAAUGACUGCUUCUUUGCUUGAAGUUGCUAAGGUUUUCUGAGCACCUAUAAGCUGACUUCUAUUAAGGCUGAAAAUGUCUUGAGGUAUCUAACAUAUAUUUGUUUAAUCAGGUUAUUCUCACCUAAUCUGGGAAAUUAAGAGACAACUGGCUUCCACUUGUGUUUAGAUCCUUCGUUUUAAAAACAAAAAACAAGCGACAACAACAAAAAA